AUGCGAUGCGCGAGCAAGGCCGCUGAGAGCGCGUCUGCACGUCUCUACGCUCGUCAUGGAGACACUCAUGUCUUCACAGAGUACGAGCUCGGUGUCUCGUACUCUCCUGAUACCGAGGAGGGAUCCGUAUCGAAGGCAGUUGAAUCCAAGCCGCCUGUCAAGCGUGGCAUGGAUGAUGCUAUGCGUCGUAGCAUCUUUGGUUCAUCUGACGAAUCAGAUGAAUCAUCGCCAAAGCGAAGGCGCUCGAGGUCGCAAGACUCGGGCGCUAACAGUGGUGUCGGUUCUCCUAUGGACACCACUUCGCAACGAGGUGCCAGUCCUUCUGUUGGCACGUAG